AAAAUAAAAUUUGAAGUUUUAAACAAUUAAAAAAACAAUAAAUGAUGACUAUCAAAAUUUAAGAAUUUAUGUUAAAUUAUGAAUCACAAAAUGUUAACCUAGAGACUUUUAUUAUAUGACAUCUUUCACGUGGCUUUAACAAACCUUAAGUGUUUUUGAAUACAUAUUUAAUAAGAUUAAAUUUGUCUCAUACUAAAUAUUAAUAAUAAUAAUAAAUAUUAUUUAAUUAGAUUAUUAGAAUAUUAAAUAUUUUAUGUAUUAUAAUUUACAAACAAAAUGACGAGUAAGAAAACUAAAGUAGCAACUAAAGGAGCAAAACAGAUAGUCGAAGAGAAUAAAAUAACAUUGAAUUUUUAUCAGAAUAUGAUCAUUGGGGCAAUAGGAAUAUACUUUAUGGUUACAAUGUUAUUUUUUAAUUUUACAACAUUAGCAACCACAUUAACCAUAUUUUCUGGAAUUAUAUAUAUAGGAAGUUAUCAAUUUAUGAAAUAUAUAGCACAUGCAACAUAUUCAGAAUCUGGUCAGCUUUUAGAUUCUGGAAUUGAUCUUAAUAUGGAAGGAGGUAUAGCAGAACAUAUAAAAGAUUUAAUUAUAUUAACUUCUGGAGUACAAGUACUUUCUCUCAUAUCAAAUUAUUUUUGGUUGCUAUGGCUUCUUGUACCAUUAAGAGGAGGUUGGAUGCUAUGGAAACAAAUAUUAGCUCCAUGGUUUUUUGCUCCAGCUCCAGAACAAUCUGAGGUUAGUGAGAAGAAGCAACGGAAGUUGGAAAAGAAGAUGGCUAGACGAUAUUAACAUUUUAAUUAAAAAUAAACAUGCAGUUCGAAUAAAUGAAUUUCAUGGAUGUGAGAUUGAUUUGAGUAAAAUUGUGAAACAAAUUCCUUAUUAUUUAAUUUUUGUCUUAACCAGUAUUGUUCAUACAAUUUUUCUAUGCUUAUGAAAAAAUGCAUUAUUUCUAUAUUUUUUAUAUAUUUAUAAAUUUUUACAAAUGAAAUUAUAAAAUCAA